AGUCUUGAUAAUAAGUAGUGCCGAGACGGUCGCAGUCGCUGUCAUUGUUGUCUUCGACUCAAGUGCUUUACUGUUAUAAAUUGUAGGAGUGUACAUACAUAUAUAUAUUUAUAUAUAUAUGUGUAUAUACAUAUAUACAUACGAAUAUAGUAUAGAAUAGUAUAUAUGUAUACUUGUGUGCAUAUGAAGUAACGGCUGUUUGCGUGCCAGUGCGGAGGAAGCAGCGCAGGUGCAGACGAGAAUGUUUCGCAUUCCGUGUCUGUAAACGAUUAUUUAAUUUACCGACAUUUAGUUUAGAAAUGAACAUAAGAGUGAGAAGUGCGUGCCGGUGACAAGAUCGAAAUCCAUUAUAUUAUACAUAGAUAUAUAUACAUAUAUACAAUGUGCUAUAAUUUGUGUACAAACCAAGGUAUAGCAUUAAUCUGAUCAGCAUUAUAUAUGUUAUUUUGAUACUUUAACUGUGCAAACUUAACGUGCGCUCAGCUGUUAUCAGCUGCAACAAUAAAAUCUAAUAAUAACAAAAAAACCCAAAGAAUAAAAACACACUAACAAAAUGUGUUGCAUGCGCUAUCUGACGGAGACUCAUUUACGGGGCUUCGAGCGUUACAAGUACAACAGUAUAGACACCAGCUUUCUGAGUGUCUAUGUAAUGCACCCCUUCUGGAAUACCUGCGUAAAAUGUUUACCCAUGUGGCUGGCGCCCAAUGUGCUGACAUUUGUCGGUUUUCUCAUGACCGUGGUGAACUUUAUUCUGAUAUCUUACUACGACUGGGAUUUCACUGCAGCCAAUGACAAGGAGGUGGGCAACACAGUGCCUGGCUGGGUGUGGACGGUAGCAGCGAUAAACAUACUUAUCUACUACAAUUUGGAUGGCAUGGAUGGCAAACAGGCGCGUCGAACGGGAACAAGUGGUCCUUUGGGUGAGCUCUUUGAUCAUGGACUGGACUCCUAUUCGGCGGCGCUUAUACCCAUCUAUAUCUUCUCAUUGUUUGGCACAAAUGAUCUGCCGCCAAUACGCAUGUUUUUUGUCAUUUGGAACGUGUUUCUCAAUUUCUAUUUUACGCACGUCGAAAAGUAUAACACGGGCGUUAUGUUCUUGCCCUGGGGUUAUGACUUUACCAUGUGGGGCGUCAGUCUAAUGCUGUUUGUGGCCACUUUGGUGGGUCCCGAAAUUUAUCGGUCCAGCUUUUAUGGUAUUACUGUGGCGAAUGUGUUCGAAGUGGGUCUAAUUGGUUCCGGCAUUGUGUCCAGUCAUCCUAUCAUCAUUAGGAACAUUUAUCUCUCGUACAAGAAUAAGACGGGCAAGAUGCGUCCCAUGAUGGAGAUGUUGCGUCCAUUUUUCGCAUUCGUUUGGCUCCUGAUUAUCACAGUGAUUUGGUCUUUCUUUUCACGGAACAAUGUCAUCAACUUGGAACCGCGUAUCCUCUGGAUUCUCUAUGGCACUAUAUUCUCAAAUAUUGCUUGCCGUCUGAUAGUGGCCCAAAUGUCGGACACCCGCUGCGAUGGCUUUAAUAUACUUAUGUGGCCAUUGGCUGCCACGGUUGGAGUCUGCUGUUUCCCCUGGUAUGAGCAUGUUUUCGGUAUGGAUCUUACACCUCAGGGAGAACGCUGGAUCGUCCAUGGUCUAACAAUAUUCGCCACAUUGGCUCACUGGCAUUAUGGCUACGGACUGGUCUCGGAAAUGUGUAAUCAUUUUAAUAUCAGUUGCUUCAAAAUAACAAAGAAGCCUGUCAACUCGGUGCAGGAGCUGAAUGAAACCGAUGCCACAAAACGCACGGAAACCACCGAAGAUGUCUAAUUUGUAAGGCCAUUGAACUGUUUUCUUGUAAAAUCGUCAUUUUUAAGUAAUGUUGUGAAAACUGUUCAAAUUGUUGUAGACUAAGUUGAAUUCAAACUAAAAAUGUAACUGCUAAGAACCGAAAAAAGCUUCGUGCCUUAUUCUAGAAAUAUGUUUGAGGGUACGUAAGCUUUCCAACGAAAGCUUUGCUGAGUUGCGAUAUUAAUCCGCCAGAGGGCUUCUGGAUGUCUUUGAUUUUUUGAUUUUCUGAAUAAAUGAAUACAUUUGGUAAAUA